AUGCAGGGCCGCACUAGCGUGGCCGUGGAGGCGCGGCUUGCCACGGCGCCCGCCUCAGCAGAGCCCACCGCCGCCGUCACGCUCAAGGCAUGCCGCCGCCUGCAGUUUGGGCAGGUGCUGAAAGUGGUGGGCGGCACGGCGGAGAUGGGAGACUGGGACCCCACAGCAGCGCCAGUCAUGAACUGGUCUGAUGGCGAUGUGUGGUACGUCACGCUGGAUGUGCCGGCGGGGCGGCACGAGUUCAAAAUGGUCGUGGCCAAUGGGGACGGCUCGUUCGACUGGGAGGGGGGCCCCAACCGCAGCCUGCAGGCACGCGCAGGCUGCCGGACGGCAGGCCUGCCCGCGCGUCUGUCCUGCCGGUGCCGCGGCGGCAGCAAGAGCAGCAGGGCCCAGCUGGUGCAGCAGGCGGCGGCGCCUGCCCUGGGCGCCGGCCCGCAGCCUCAACAUCGCAACCGACUGGUGCCCCACUCUUGUCUGACCCUGCAGGUGCUGGGGGCUGUCGCGGCAUCGCGCACCGCCUUCACGGUUUCAUGCGACGAGGAGCCGGGCGCCGCCGCCAUGAGCGCAACCAACGGCCACGGCCACGGCAACGGCAACGGCAACGGCAACGGCAACGGCCUCUCCCUGGCCUCCACGCUGCUGCGCAACAUAGACGGCUACGUGGCGGACGGGAUACUGUCCCAGGAGGAGGCCUCCAACUUCUCGGCCGACCAGCUGGACUUUCUGAUCCGCAAGCGCACCAAGGACCGGCGGGACCGCGAGCGCGAGGACAAGGCCAGGGCCUCCUCCCCGGCCGCCGCGCUGAGCCGCUGGGCGGGGCUGGCACCGUCCUCAGAGGAGCAGGAGGAGCGGCAGGAGCGGCGGCGCCUGGAGGAGGAGCGCCAGCAGCUGGAGAAGCGGCAGGCGGAGCUGCUGGCCAAGGCCGCGGAGGCCGCCCGCCAGCGCCAGGACCAGCAGAUGGCGGCGCUGCAGGCGCAGCAGGAGCAGCAGGGCUCUCGGGGGUCGCAGGGCAGGCAGGGCAGGUGGGCCGCCCUGCGUGAGGGCGGCAGCGACGGCAACGUGAACGGCAACGGCAACGGAAACGUGAACGGCAACGGCAACGGCCAGCCCAGGCAGGCCCGCAUGGCCACGCCGCAGAGGAACACCAACGGUAGCUACCAGCCGCAGCGGGCCUCGUACAAGACGCCCACCUAUGCCGGCUCCUACAAGGCGCCUUCCUUUGGCGGCAUGCGCGGCUUUGACUGGAAGGCUGCGGCCGGCGUGGCGGGCGCGGUCGCGGCCGGCGCCGGCGCCGUGCUGCUGGCUGCCAGCGUGGAGCUGGCGGGUGAGGAUGGCUCCAAGAAGCCCAACCCGCUGGCGCAGGGCCUGCAGAAGCUGGGCGUGCCCAGCAUGGAUGCCAUCAAGGGCAAGGUCGGCGACUGGACGGCGGAGCAGCGCAAGAUGCUGGCUGCCGUGCAGCCACCCAGCUCCUCCAGCAGCGUGCCUCCCGCGACCAAGGUGGAAAGCGCGGCGGCCAAGGUGGAAAGCGCGGCGGAUGGGAAGGCCAAGUCCUCCUUCUCCGCCUCCCCAGAGAUGAACGCUCUCAAGCAAAAGAGCUUUGGUCAGGCUGAGCAGAAGCAGGAGAACCCGGCUGCUGCCACGUCAGCGGCGCCCGCCAAGCCGGCUGCCACCCCUGCCAAACCUGCCGAAGCGCCCAAGCCAGCUGCCGCCACCGCAGCGGCACCUGCCAAGCCCGCCCCGGCGCCUGCCCCUGCCAAGCCGGCCGAAGCGCCCAAGCCCGCUGCCGCCACCGCAGCGGCGCCCGCCAAGCCCGCGCCUGCCCCUGCCCCUGCCAAGCCGGCCGAAGCGCCCAAGCCCGCUGCCGCCGCCUCGCAGCCUGCACCUGCUGCCGCGGCACCCAAGCCCGCCGCAACGCUGUCGUGGCCUUCCAUGCCGCCGCCCAAGCCAGCACCAGCACCGCCAGCACCAGCAGCCAAGGCUGCUGUGUUUGUUUCGCCCCGGGUGCAGGUGGAGGCUGCCAAGCCUGCUCCUCUCAAGACCUCUGCUGAGCUGGAGGUUCCCAAGGCUGAUCAGUCUGGCGAGAGCGUCGCCGCGGCGGCGGCAAAGCCAGCUGCGGCUGCGGCUGCUGUUGCGGCUGCGGCUGAGCAGCUUGUCCCUUCGCCCGCGCCGGCGCCAGCACAACAGCAAGCGGCAGCUCAGGAGCCUGCCGCUGCGGCUGCAGCCAAGCCCGCGUCCGCGCCCGCACCUGAGGCUCAGCAGCCUGCCGCCGCGGCUGCAGCCAAGCCGGCCCCUGCGCCAGUGCCCGCGCCAGCCCAGCAACCUGCCGCCGCGGCUGCAGCCCGGCCUGCGGCCACGCCUGCGGCGCCCCAGCCCGCCGCGGCUCAGCCGGCGGUGCAGGGAGCGGCAGAGGUGAAGGACAAGAGCAAGAAGCCGGCGGCCGCCGCCGCCGCCGCCAGCAGCAGCAGCAAGAAGCAGGAGGCCAAGCCCGGCAGCGGCUCCAGCUCCAGCAACAGCCGCGACAUCUCGCUGUUUGGCGCCGCGGCGGCGUCUGUCAUCAUGGCUGGCGUGCUGGCCCUGCCCAGGGACUUCAGCCUGUCCCAGUUCCUGCGCUACGGCCGCAUGCUGACUGACAGGGAGCUGGCUGAGCUGCGGGCCAAGGAGCUGUCUGUUGCCAAGGCGGAGCUGGAGCAGCUGCGCCGCCAGCUCAGGGAGGAGCGCGCCAGGACGGCCACAGUGCUGCGCAAUGUUCCGUCGCUGCAGCAGCGCAGCCGUGGCACAGGCUUGACCGGGGGCGCGGGCAGGGGCCUGGUGGCCAGCCAGCAGCAGCAGCGCCUGCAGCAGCAGCGCGCGCAGCAGGAGAGGGCCCGCCAACGCCAGGAGCAGGAGCGCGCCCGCCUGCGCGCGCAGCAGCAGCGCCAGCAGCAGCGCCAGCAGCAGCAGCGCGCGGCGCUGCGCGCCCAGCAGCAGCGCGCCCAGCAGCGCGCGCAGCAGCAGCGGGCGGAGCAGCGGCGGAGGAGCGGCGCGUAUGACCAGCCCUUUGGCUUUGCUGGCUUUGCCAGCGUGGUCGCUCCGCUCUUCUUCCUCUCGCCCAGCCUCUUCCUGGCGCCUGAUGUGGUGGAGGGCCUCUCUGUGACCAACCUGCUCGAUGAGCCAGAGGCGCAGGUGGCGCAGGGCGAGCUGCCCGCCACCCUGGAGGAUCUGGGGUACUGA